UUGUACUUCACAAGUUACGUUAAUUUGUUUGCCAACCGUAUCUCGACCUUGAACUAUCAGAGCGUUGUAAAUAUAAGGCAUCUUCCCUGGUGGAAAAACUACAUCGAGUACCGGACCGAUUAUUUGCGUGAUACGCCCCAGACUUUUGUUUUCAAGUACUGAAACCUCAAUAUCAGAAGGGGGAGGAGUUAUUGUCAUAUUGCAAAAUAUCGGUUUUUUUUUUUCAAAAAAAAAAUGUUCGAUAACAAAGCAAGUGGUUAAUGAUAUUGAAUAAUAAAUGUAAGUUAAUAAUCUAUUUUCUUGGUACCAUCCAAUCAAUUCAAUUGUUUUAAAAUUUCAAUGAUUGAAUUUUCAAGGUCAACCCAGUCAUCUAGAUUAUAGACAAUACUAUAUUAUCUAUGGAAUUAGAACCUGAACUUUGUUUAUGAUUCCGUUUUUCUAUCUCAUUGGUCCUUCUUUUUUAUUUCCUCAGCAUAGGAUUUAUACUUAGCAUAUCAUUUUUACCAAUUUUUCUUUUUAUUGGGAAAAUUCUGCCGAUUUUUACAUCUAGGAUUUACAUAUACAACAUAGAUCACUGUUAAGGUCAAGAAUAUCUUUUUUAUUAUUUAGAUUAGAAAAUGAUAUUCCAAAAUAAAAAAAAAUAAGAGACUAAAAAAAACGGUUGGGUUGCGCCAUACAUAUGAAAGAGUAUAGAAUAAUGAUGUAUUUCCCAAAUCAAAUAUCAUGGUAAAAUUUAACAAUGACCCAUUCGGAUUCAUUGAUAAUAUUAGUUGAUGGAUCAUUUGUAAAAAGGUUUUAUUAACUCCUAAGUUAUGUCGAGUAGACCUUGUUGUUGUUGUUAUAAUUCUUAAUUCAUGCGUUGUAGGGGGAGAUUUAUGUCACCACAAACAGAAACGAAAGCAAAGGUUGGGUUCAAAGCUGGUGUUAAAGAUUAUAAAUUGACUUAUUAUACUCCUGACUAUCAAACCAAAGAUACUGAUAUCUUGGCAGCAUUCCGAGUAACUCCUCAACCGGGAGUUCCGCCUGAAGAAGCAGGUGCAGCGGUAGCUGCAGAAUCUUCCACUGGUACAUGGACAACUGUGUGGACCGAUGGACUUACGAGCCUCGAUCGUUAUAAAGGACGCUGCUACGAGAUCGAGCCUGUUCCUAGAGAAGAUAAUCAAUUUAUUGCUUAUGUAGCUUAUCCCUUAGACCUUUUUGAAGAAGGUUCUGUUACUAACAUGUUUACCUCCAUUGUAGGUAAUGUAUUUGGGUUCAAGGCCUUGCAUGCUCUACGUCUGGAAGAUUUGCGAAUCCCUUAUGCUUAUGUUAAAACUUUCCAAGGUCCUCCUCACGGAAUCCAAGUUGAGAGAGAUAAAUUGAACAAGUAUGGACGUCCCCUAUUGGGAUGUACUAUUAAACCAAAAUUGGGUUUAUCCGCUAAGAAUUACGGUAGAGCAGUUUAUGAAUGUCUCCGCGGGGGACUUGAUUUUACCAAAGAUGAUGAAAAUGUGAACUCCCAACCAUUUAUGCGUUGGAGAGACCGUUUCUUAUUUUGUGCCAAAGUAAUUUAUAAAUCACAGGCCGAAACAGGUGAAAUCAAAGGACAUUAUUUGAAUGCUACUGCGGGUACAUGUGAAGAAAUGCUAAAAAGAGCUGUAUUUGCUAGAGAAUUGGGCGUUCCUAUCGUAAUGCAUGACUACUUAAUAGGUGGAUUCACUGCAAAUACUACCCUGUCUCACUAUUGUCGGGAUAAUGGUCUACUUCUUCAUAUCCACCGUGCAAUGCAUGCAGUUAUCGAUAGACAAAAAAAUCAUGGUAUGCACUUUCGUGUAUUAGCUAAAGCCUUACGUUUGUCUGGUGGAGAUCAUAUUCACGCUGGUACUGUAGUAGGUAAACUUGAAGGAGAAAGGGAGAUUACUUUAGGUUUUGUUGAUUUACUACGUGAUGAUUAUAUUUAAAAAGAUAGAAGUCGCGGUAUUUAUUUCACUCAGGAUUGGGUUUCUUUACCAGGUGUUAUCCCUGUUGCUUCAGGGGGUAUUCACGUUUGGCAUAUGCCUGCUCUGACCGAGAUAUUUGGAGAUGAUUCUGUACUCCAAUUCGGUGGAGGAACUUUAGGACACCCUUGGGGAAAUGCACCUGGUGCCG